UCUGCCUAACCCCCCAGCACCAACUAACACAAACUACUAACUGUGAAAGUGCAGCUCUUUCCUUUCCCGCCACCCCACUCUUAUUUCCCUCCCUUCUUCCUUUGCACCCUUCUCCAUAUACCAUUUCCAAACUGCAUGUUGUCUUUGCGUUCAUGUUGCUACUCUUUCAAACAACCCUCAUUUUACAACCAUCUCAAAUUUUCCCUUAAACCCUCUUCAAUCUUUCUCAUCAUCUCCCCUAAUAAAACCCUCAAUAAACCCCUUUUCUUAAACCCUAAUUCAAGAACCAUGUCCACUAAACGCUCUGCAUUUGAUGUCCUUAUGGCAAAUUCCAAGAAAAAAACACCAACCCAAGAUUCCUCACCUAAAAAGAGGAAAACCCCAAGUCUUGAAACUUCAAGUAAAACUCCACAAGAUUCAAUUUUGAAGCCAAUUGAGGACACCAAUUUGGUCAAUGGGUCGAAAAGUAAAACCACAGAUGUUGAAACUUCAAGUAAAACCCCACAAGAUUCAGUUUUGAAGCCAAUUGAUGACACCCAUUUGGUGAAUUCGUCGAAAAGUGAAGAGUUGGUGAAGAAAGGUAAAACCCCAAAUCUUGAAACUUCUAGUAAAACCCCUAUAGAUAGUCAAGAUUCAGUUUUGAAGCCGGUUGAGGACACCCAUUUGGUAAAUAAGUCGAAAAGUGAAGAGCUUGGUGUGGUGAAGAAAAGGAAAAUGAUAAGUCCAGAUGAGAGUAUUCUUGAAAUCAAGAAAAAACCUGCGAAUUUCGAUCCAAGAAAGGCGGCGUAUUGGGGUGAUGGUGAGAGAGUGCCGUUUAUGUUUGUAGCUAAGGCGUUAGACGCGAUUUCAAAGGAGUCGGGAAGGAUUGUGAGUACUGAAAUUGUGACUAAUAUGUUGAGGACUGUUAUUCAGACGACGCCUGAGGAUUUGUUGCCCGUUGUAUACCUUUCGGCUAAUAAGAUUGCAGCUGCGCACGAUGGUAUGGAGCUCGGUCUUGGAGAUGCUUCCAUUAUCAAGGCACUUGCUGAAGCUUGUGGUGCUAAAGAAGCACAUAUCAAGAAGCAAUACAAGGAGCUUGGAGACUUGGGACUUGUUGCUAAAGCAAGCCGUUCAUCACAGCCUCUGAUGCGUAAACCAGAAGCACUGACUGUUGCCAAAGUUUUUGACACAUUUCGGAUUAUUGCGAAGGAAUCUGGAAAGGAUAGUCAGGAAAAGAAAAAGAAUUACAUUAAAUCACUGCUUGUUGCAGCUACUGAUUGUGAACCCCUAUAUUUGAUUCGUCUCCUCCAGACAAAACUACGCAUUGGUUUGGCUGAACAAACACUCUUAGUCGCAAUUGCUCAUGCUUUUGUGCACUCAGAUAAGCAUUCGUCACCUCCUGCAGGUGUAGAUUCUCCUUUGGAAGAGGCUGCCAAGAUUGUAAAGCAAGUGUUCUCUGUAAUUCCAGUCUAUGAAAAAAUUAUCCCUGCUCUUCUAGCUGAUGGUGUUUGGAAGCUUCAAGAAACAUGCAGUUUCUCACCUGGUGUUCCGGUUGGACCUAUGCUAGCUAAGCCAACCAAAGGAGUAUCUGAAAUUCUUGAUAAGUUUCAGGAUAUGGAGUUCACAUGUGAAUACAAGUAUGAUGGUGAACGUGCUCAGAUACACUACAUGGAAGAUGGUUCCGUUGAGAUAUACAGCCGAAAUGCAGAAAGAAAUACAGGAAAGUUUCCCGACGUUGUUGCUGCUAUCUCAAGAUUGAAGAAACCUUCUGUAACAUCAUUUGUUCUUGACUGUGAACUGGUUGCAUACGACCGUGAGAAACAGAAGAUCCUGCCCUUUCAGAUCCUUAGUACCCGUGCUCGUAAGAAUGUUAUUGUGAGUGAAAUCAAGGUCAACGUGUGCAUAUUUGCUUUUGAUAUCUUGUAUCUUAAUGGACAACCUCUUCUUCAAGAGCAACUUAAUGUCCGCAGAGAGCAUCUUUACAAGUCAUUUGAAGAAGAACCCGGAUAUUUCCAGUAUGCUACAGCUGUAACCUCAAACGAUCUUGAGGAAAUAACAAAAUUUCUUGAAGAUGCGGUCAAUGGCAGUUGUGAGGGAUUGAUUAUCAAAACACUAACUAAAGAUGCUACAUAUGAGCCUUCAAAGCGGUCAAAUAACUGGCUAAAACUGAAGAAGGACUACAUGGAGAGUAUUGGCGACUCACUGGAUUUGGUACCAAUUGCUGCUUUUCAUGGUCGGGGGAAACGUACUGGCGUUUAUGGAGCUUUUCUCCUAGCUUGUUAUGAUAGCAACAACGAGGAGUUCCAGAGCAUCUGUAAAAUUGGAACUGGGUUUUCUGAAGCAAUGCUUGAAGAACGCUCUUCCAGCCUUCGUUCCAAAGUUAUUCCUAAACCAAAGUCAUAUUACAGGUAUGCGGAAACCAUCAAUCCAGAUGUAUGGUUUGAACCUACCGAGGUAUGGGAAGUGAAAGCCGCUGAUCUCACCAUCAGCCCUGUCCACCGUGCUGCCCAAGGUAUUGUGGAUCCCGGGAAGGGAAUUUCUUUAAGAUUUCCACGUUUGAUGCGUGUACGAGAGGACAAGAAUCCGGAGCAGGCCUCAUCAGCUGAGAUGGUUGCGGAUAUGUAUAACGCUCAAAAGCAUAAUCAUAAAAACGAUCAGGAUGACAAUGAUGAAGACUAAUCAAAGAUCCGCUUCACGUCUAAAAAUGAUCUGGACGACAAUGAAGAAGACUAAUCAAAGAUGGCUUCGUCUAAAAAUGAUCAGGAUGGCAAUGAAGAAGACGAAUCAAAGGUUGUGUCACUUCUAAAAAGUGAUCAGGACGGAAUUGAAGAAGACUAAUCGAACUUCACUUUCUGUCUUUUAUCUGAACGAAUGAUCAUGUCCAUUGUACAGAUUGAUGUCCUUGGUAGAUGUAAGUUGCCUUAACCAAUUUUCUGAAAGUUAAUCUGGUAGUCAAAGUGUUGAACACUCUGUAUGGUAAUUUGAUCAGUUGGAAAAUGAAAUUUCAUUGCAGUA